UACCCCAGUUGCCUCGGACCGGCCGCACUCCUCCUCAGUCACUGCUCCAGGGCUCCUGCUCCACACCCGCCAGUCCGCCACCACCACCACCAUGCCCCCUCUCCUCAUCCUCCUCCUCAUCGCGGGCGCUGCUUGCACGGCGGCGGCGUCCGGGGACGGUUGCCGCGCCGGCUGCCCGCUCGCCCUCGCCGCGUACUACUUCUCGGCGGAGUCCAACCUCACCUUCGUCGCCUCGCUCUUCAACUUCCCCGACUACGCCGCGCUGCUCCCCUACAACCCCGACAUCACGGACCCGAACUACAUCGUCACCGGAGUCCGCGUCCGCGUCCCGUUCCGCUGCUCGUGCCUCGCGCUCCCCGCCGACCCGGCCCCCACCUUCCUCGCCGGGUCGGUCCCCUACGCGCUCUCCCGCGGCGAGACGUACGGCGGCGUCGCCGCGGAAUUCGCCAACCUCACCACGGCCGCGUGGAUGGAGGCCGCCAACAGGUACCCGGCGGAUAAGUUGCCCGCCUCUGGGACGAUUAAUGCCACCGUCAACUGCUCGUGCGGCGACAAGAGCGUGUCGCCGCGGUACGGGCUGUUCCUCACCUACCCGCUCUGGGACGGGGAGACGCUGGCCUCAGCGGCGGAGCAGUACGGGUUCUCGUCGCCGGCGCAGAUGGACCUGCUUAGGAGGUAUAACCCCGGAAUGGACGGGGUCUCCGGGAAGGGGAUUGUGUUCAUCCCGGUGAAAGAUACAAAUGGUAGUUACCGCCCUCUGGAAUCAGGAAAUAGCCUUUCUGGAGGAGCAGUAGCAGGAAUUGUGAUAGCCUGUAUUGUUAUUUUGAUUGUGAGUAUCUGGCUGGUUGCCAUUUAUUAUAGGCGGCAACAAAUGAGAAAGGCCACAUUACUCCCAUCUCCAGAGGAUCCGGUCCAAUUUGGCAGUGCUUCACAAGCUGAGGGUAUUAAGGUUGAUAGAUCCAUACAGUUCUCAUAUGAAGAACUUUGUGAUGCUACACACAACUUUAGUAUGGAGCGUAAAAUUGGGCAAGGUGGUUUUGGCUCUGUUUAUUAUGCUGAGCUUAGAGGGGAGAGAGCUGCCAUAAAGAAAAUGGAUGCAAAGGCAACUGAAGAAUUCCUUGCUGAACUGAAGGUUUUGACACACGUCCAUCACUUGAAUCUGGUGCGGUUAAUUGGUUAUUGUGUUGAGAGUUGCCUGUUCCUUGUUUAUGAGUUUAUUGAUAAUGGAAACCUAAGCCAGCAUCUGCGUGUUACUGGAUAUGAACCUCUCUCGUGGACCAGUAGAGUGCGAAUCGCCCUUGAUUCAGCAAGAGGUCUCGAGUAUAUUCAUGAACACACUGUUCCAGUGUAUGUUCAUCGGGAUAUCAAGUCUGCAAAUAUCCUGAUAGACAAAGACUUUCGAGCAAAGGUUGCAGAUUUUGGGCUGACAAAGCUUGUAGAAAUUGGAACCACAUCACAGUCCCUUCCAACACGAGUUGUUGGUACAUUUGGCUACAUGCCUCCAGAGUAUGCUCGAUAUGGUGAGGUUUCUCCUAAGGUGGAUGUCUAUGCUUUUGGUAUUGUACUGUAUGAACUUAUUUCAGCCAAAGAAGCUAUUGUCAGAUCAACAGAAUCAACGGAUGCAAAAGGCCUUGUUUAUCUGUUUGAGGAGACUCUCAGCAUGCCAGACCCCAAGGAAGCUAUUCAGAAACUGAUCGAUCCAAACUUAGGAGGCGACUAUCCCAUUGAUUCGGUUCUCAAGAUUGUGUACCUCGCGAAGUCGUGCACGCAUGCAGAGCCCACGGUGAGGCCCACGAUGAGAUCUGUAGUGGUUGCUCUCAUGGCGCUCUCAUCCAAGGACAACGAGCUAACUCGGGGACUUGAACUGGAACUCUCUCCCAGAGAACUGAGAUCUGGUUAGCAUGGCACCUGGGGGAUAUCUGGCCUUUGAUCGUCACAUGGUGGAUCGUGCAUGUAGUUAUGCAGUAGCAUAUGAUGUAUGAUUGUAUUGUAUAUGGUGCUCUGUAGAGUACUUAAGAGAGCUGCUUUAUCGGCAAAAAUCAAUUGAAAAGUAACAGCUUGUACAUAGCAAA